AUGCUCCCGUCCGAUUUCCAUCACGAGGACUACUUUGCCCUGAGGCAUGAGGCUGAGAUAGCAAGCAUCUUUGAACAGGCUUCCUCGCGCCCUGACGGGCUCCUCUAUGAGUACGAGGCGUAUGAGCUCUUCGAGCUAAUCGGCAUCAAGGUUCCCGAGUUCAGAUACUUCCCUCUGCAUUCGUCCCUGGCUUCCCAGAUCAAGACCUUCAUGAAGCCCAACCAGAAGUACGUCAUCAAGUGCCACAUUCCCGGGUGCCUCCACAAGACGGACAUCGGCGGGAUCAUGCUCUUCAAGGACCGCUCGAACAUCGAGGCUGACCUGGAACCAUUUGUCAACAAGCUCAAGAGCGCUGGCCACAACCUCGAGGGUGUCAUUGUCGUCGAGAUGGCGAAGUUUUAUGACAGUGGGAUGUCGAACGGCGAGCUUCUGAUCUCUGCCUUUGAAGAUACCGGGUUCGGGCCUUGUGUCUGUUUCGGUCUCGGAGGAACUGGAGUGGAAUAUUACAAGAAGGUUAUGCGCCAGGGACACUCUUCCAUUUUUCUUCCGAGUUGGAUCAAUCUAGCGAACUCGACUGCUGCUAUGGCCGCUCUGGAGCGCUUGCCUGUUAGUCAAUUUCUACUGGGCAAGGUUCGUGGCUCAAAGCGGUUGAUUUCCUCUAUAGAUCAGGUGGUUUCUCCAUUGAGCAUCUUGCAGGCACUUCUGAGGCACUAUUGUAGAAACAAUGCGACAACGAAGUAUGUCAUACGUGAGAUAGAGAUCAACCCUGCGGUUGUGGAGAGGGAGACAGGCAAUCUACUCGCCCUUGAUGCUGUUGUUCGCAUCUUGCCCAAUCCUAGCUACAAAGCAUACGCAACAGCAGAGGACGCCAUCCCGGUGUAUAGUGCGCACAAGCCUCUCUACAAGGUCGGUUCCCUAUUUGCUCCGCAAUCCGUUGUCAUCGUCGGCGCAUCGACGAAGAGUCUCACAAAUCCGUCAACUGUCGUGUUGCGCAAGCUUAUGGAGAUCCCUGGAAUCGAUGUCUUCUGCAUCCACCCCACUGCUGAUGAAAUCUUUGGCAGGCCGUGUUUCAAGACUGUUUCUGACUUGCUGUUAUUUAGGGCAGGUAAAGCUAUAGAUUUGGCCGUUGUAGGCGUCGCUGCAAAGGCUGCAGAGCUUGUUAUGAACGAUUUGAUAGACAGUAACCUCUGUAACAGCAUCUUUGUCUUGUCCGGUGGAUUUGCCGAGACUGCCAACGGAAAAGAGAUAGAAGAACGCUUACGCACGAAACUGAAUUCCUAUGGUGCUGCUUACAACCGCACCCUUGUUUCAGGCCCCAAUACGCUUGGGUUUGUCUGGCAGGAUCUUGUUAACACCAUUUUUGUCAGUUCCGCAAAGUCCUCAGCCAACGAGUUCUAUCUUGAGUCAAAGUCGUCUACUUCUGAUGAUGUUCUUACAAAUCUGCAGACAAAUAUUGCAUUUGAUGACCAGGGUGAUCUAGAGGUGACGAAGUCGAAGUUGACCAUCAAGUCCUCGGACGUGAGAAUCCGGUCUAUUGCCUCUCCAAACAACAAUGUUGCUCUGGUUUGCCAGUCUGGUGCCAGCAUGAUAACAAGAAUGUCGAACUUGGCAUACAAGGUUCGUCCUCUCAUGUCCGUAUCUGUUGGGAAUCAGCUUUGCUUAUCGGGAACCGACUUCAUCGAAUGGCUGUUGACGGAAGAUUCUGCUAGCACAUACGAGAGGAAUGCGAUUUCUGCAGGUUAUACGCUUGAUUCCCGUGCCCUUGCCAAGCUUAAGGAUCUAGACGCCCAGAAGAGCUUAAUCCGCGUUAUCGGUGUCUACAUGGAGGGCCUCAAUAUGAACGAAGGCAUUCGUCUUAUGAAGUUGGUUGCUCAAGCUCGUGAUCUCGGAAAGGUUAUCGUCAUAUAUAAAUCUGGUCGCACACCGCAGGGAUCCAGCGCCGCUGCAGGGCACACAGCCUCGUUGGCAGGUGACUACAGCAUGUUCAGUGAGCUUCUGGACAUGGCUGGUGCCGUGGUCUGUGACUCAUUUGAUAGUUUCGACGACGUAAUUUAUCUGGCCUCUGGGAUUGCGCCCAGAAUCCACAGGCUCCGCGAGGGCUUUGAUGCGAAAGGAUACGUAUCUGUGACCGCUCUUUCCAAUGCAGGCUUCGAAUGUUGCUGCAUUGCAGACCAUCUGUUUGAGCUGAGCACACGCUCGAUUGAUCCAUGCGAUGAAAGGUCCAGGAGCUACUUUAGACUUCCCACUUAUGACUCAGAGACCAAAGAGGCGAUUAAAGCAAUCUACGAGAAGUACAAGAUUGGCGCUGUUGUUGAUGUAAGCGACAUCAUAGACACGACCCCAACCAUUCCUGAUAGGGCGUACCAGGAGAUAGCAGAGAUCCUGCUCAAGAGCUUGUCUGUAGAUUGUGCGAUCUUCAGUGCCGUUCCUGAGACUCACAUCAUCAAGACCACCGCAGGCAAUGUCGGUGCCCUCAUAGGGGAGAAUUGCGUCGCUGAUGAGGACUCCAUCUGCAGGCGCUUCAUUGCUCUUCAUGCUAACCCUGAGUACUCUAAGCCGUGGGUGUUUGUUUGCGACUCAGGAUGGAAGUUCCACGAGCUCCGCAUGGAAAUGAUGAAACACGGAGUGGUUGUCUUUGAAAAGGCAGACAGGGCAUCGCGGGCCCUGGCCCUCCUUGUCCGUGCAUACGUUGGGCGCGACACUAUUUACAUGAACUAA